AUGGACAUCGAUUCGCGCAUCAAAGCCUACCGCUUCGUCGGCUACGCUGCCUUGACUUUCUCCACCAUUGCGGUGCUGUCUGGUUAGUUUCAGAAUUUUAGUUUCCAGCUAAGACUAUACAAUUUUCAGUGUGCGUGACUCUUCCAAUCAUGUACAACUACAUCCACCACACCCGCAAGGCCAUGCACAUGGACAUUGUCGAGUGCAAGUCCGAGGCUCAGCGUCUCUUCUCGCAAGUCAACCGUAUUCCGGACCUCGUGAUGGCUCACAACCGUACCGCCCGUCAGGUCGGAGAGGGUAGCGGACAGUGCGAAGGAUGCUGCCUUCCGGGAGCUCAAGGACCACCAGGAACUCCAGGACGCGCAGGAAGACCAGGAAAGCCAGGAGCCGCCGGACUCAACGGAAACCCAGGACGCCCACCAAAGGAGCCAUGUGAGCCGAUCACUCCACCACCAUGCAAGCCAUGCCCAGAAGGACCACCAGGACCAGCCGGACCACCAGGACCAGACGGAAACAAGGGACCACUCGGACCACCAGGACCACCAGGACCAGGAGGACCAGACGGAGAGCCAGGAAACAAGGGACCCGCCGGACCACCAGGACCAGGAGGAAAGCCAGGACCAGCCGGACCACCAGGAGAGAACGGAAACAACGGAGAGCCACAGCCAGGAGCACCAGGAGAGCCGGGAGCACCAGGACAGCCAGGACAACGCGGACCAGCCGGAGAGCCAGGAAAGGACGGAACUCCAGGAGCCCAGGGAGAGAAAGGAGCUUCCGGAGAGCCAGGACAGCCAGGAAAAGACGGGCAGCCAGGACAUCCAGGACAGCCAGGAAAGGACGGAAAGCAGGGAGAGAAGGGAGUGUGCCCCAAGUACUGCGCCCUCGACGGAGGAGUCUUCUUCGAGGACGGACACCGCCGCUAA